ACUAUUAAUAAAUGAGUUGCUACUAUAAUGAUGAUACCGUAUAUUAUGCUCAUUAUUAUGCUCCAUGCAACCCAAGAUGGGCUUGUAAUCAAACUAUACCAUUUACCAUCUUCUGAAGAAAUCUUUGCAUGGUCAAUCUUAUCAUUUUCCUUUUUUAACCUAGUAACGUCCUCAAAUUUUAAUAAUGUUAAACCAGGUAUAGAUUCUUUUAAUACAUUUCUAUCUCCAUUGUAAAGUUCCUUUAUACCAGGUUCUCCGCCGUUCAUUGAAGAAAAUAUCACAACUUUAGGAACAUAA